UAGUGGGAGUUCAUGAGCAGUUCAGCCCCCAUUCCAGGGGCUACAGAAAAGAAAACAAGUGCAUAGAGGACUUGAACCGAUCCAGCUCAUGAGAAGACAAUUAGUUCGAUUCUCUGAUAGUUGAAACGAGGAGAAAAAGGGAUUUUACACGGAAUUCCUGAGCCGAAACAGCAUAACUGUUAUUGUUAAUCCCUGUUUUAUUUUCCGAGGCACUUCUCUGCUGUAGACAGACAGCAGCACCGGUCACCUGACCAGCACAUUGAGCAGCUAGAAUUGAGUCUCUCUGCAGCCCUAUCAACAUUACCCUGGGUUUUUUUUUGGUCUUCUGCUGAAGUUGAGGGGAAGAAAGGGGGCAGGCAGGCAGGCAGGCAGGCUGCAGUACAGAGGAGCUGCACAGUAGCUGCAAACAGCAGGUGAGAGGAAACCCUGUCUCUCUGGGGAACUGGAAAAGCAGUGGACGCUAGAGGUUGCAAAUACUGACCACAUGAGAUUAAAUCAAUGACACUGAAAAACUCAAGUGAUGGACAAGAAAAAUGCAAAUGGCUUUUCCUCAAAAGCCCCUGAAAGUGGUAGUCAGCGGAAGCAGCUGCCAUACUCCGUUGAAACCCCAUAUGGAUUUCACCUGGACUUGGACUUCCUCAAAUACGUCGAUGACAUUGAGAAGGGCAAUACCAUCAAGAAGGUUCACAUCCAGCGUAGGAACAAGGGCCCCAAAUUCAGCACUUUGCCUCGUAACUUCAGCCUCCCUGGCCAUGCCUCCAGAGCUGCCCCCAAGGACAGCUGGACAUCCACGUCCACCCUGGGCCCCAAACCCAAGUCACGGGUCAUGGAGGUCCAGCAGAUCUUUGAGUUUCGUGCCUGUGAGGGUGGGUCUCAGGGCCACCCCAGGGCACCUGGAGUUAUCCACAAAUCCAACAGAGAGGAUGGUAGCGUCAGGGAAUUUGAUGAACAGCCCCUGGGCAUUCAUGUCAGGCCACAUCUACUGAGAGCGUCCAGCAUGCCAGUCACAGUCAUGCAGAGGAAGAGCUCGGAGCCUGUGGAGGACAAAGGGGCUCAAGCUGCUGGGGACUCUUGCAGAGAGAAUGGCUCUUCUGAAAAUGUCUUUAUUUCCUCCGAUAUGGACAAGAGGUGUGAUGCACCUCAGGAUCAGGCGGUGCUGCACCAGCAAUUUGCCACAGCUCUACAGAGGAUUAGGGAGCUGGAGGAGCAGGUCAGGACUAUACCGGAGCUUCGGGCUGAGAUCUGCACCCUGCGUAAGGAGAAAGAGCACCUCCUUCUGAAGCUUAACUCCCAAACUUCGCUCAUCACUGAGGACAGCAUGCAGAAUGCAGGGAAUGAUGGUGCAGGUGAUCAAAUACAAAUUACAGUGACUUCAGAGGAGUCCGUAGUUUCAGAUGCAGCUCCGAGUUUGGAUCAACAAGUGCUGCCUUCACCGGUCCAGGAGCCUGACCAACACAGUGUAACAGAGCAGCAGGAAUCAGAGGUGCAUGAAGAUACUGGAAGGCCCUUAGAAAAUCUAUCAGGGAAGCAGGAAGUAGUGCCAGAGAGUCCCUUACCACAGGAACCAACAGAACUAGAACCAGAAGAUAGUUCUACUCCACAGGAAUUAGUGAUGCAAGAUGAAAUAACAGCUCCUCCACAUGAACCAGCAGAAGAAGAACCAGCACAGAGUUCCUCAACACAAGAACUGGUGAAAGAUGAAAUAGCUGAGAGUUCUUCAGUGCAGGAACCAAGUGAACCAGGCCCGGAGGAAUGUUUGAUAACACAGGUAUUGCCAAAAGACGGAAUAGUUGAGUGUUCUUCAGUUCAAGAACCAGCAGAACAAGAACUGGAAGAAAGUUCAACAACACAUGAAUUGUUAAUACAAGACAAAAUAGCAGAGUGUUCAUUACAAGUACCAACAGAAGAACCAGAACAGGGUCCUUCAACGCAGGAGCUGGUGAUGCAAUAUGUAAUAGUAGAGAGAUGUAAAACACCAGAACUAGUAGAACAAGAACUGGCAGACAGUCCUUCAACACUAGUAUCAGUCAAGCAAGAGGAAGAAACAGAAAGUUCUCCAACACUAGAGCUAGUCAAACAUGAUGACGAAGCAACAAGUUCUUCAGCACUAGAAUCAGUCAAGCAAGAGGAAGAAGCAGAGAGUUCUCCAGCACUAGAAACAGUCAAGAAAGAUGAAGAAGCAGUGAGUUCUUCAGCACGGAAAUUUGAAGAACAUGAAACAACAGAGCCCACGACUGCACCGGAAUCUGAAGGGAAAGAAGCAGGAGAAGCUCCUACAGCAGAGGAACCAGUGAAGCAGGAUGAACUAUCAGAGAACUCUUCAGCACAGGAACCAGUGAAGCAGGAUGAACUAUCAGAGAACUCUUCAGCACAGGAACCAGCUGAACAAGAGACACUAGAGAGCCCCCCAGCACAGGAAUCACUGAAGCUUGAUGAAGUAUCAGUGAGUUCCCCUGCACAAGAAUUCAUAGAACAAGAAAUAAAAGAGCCACUGACUGCACAGGAAUCAACUCAACAAGAAACAACAGAAAGCCCUGUGGUAGAGGAAUCAAUGAAGCAAGGUGAAGUAGAAGACAAUUCAUCAACACCUGAAGCAGCGGAACAAGAAACAACAAUGGACCCUGUAGCUCAGAAACCAAUGGUACAAGAUGAAGUAUUGGAGAGUUCUUCAGCACGAGAGUCAGUGUUACAAGAGCUGACAGUAGAGACCCUUACAGUAAAAGAAGAAACCACAACAUUGGUCAUAAUGGAGGGACAUUCAGGGGAGGAGAAAGUUGUGACAGAGGGAGAUCAGUUGAGCAGUGUAUCAGAGAACCUUACAAUCAAAGUGCUACAGGAGAAACUGAUGGCUCUCGAAGAGAAAUUCAGCGAUGUCAACAAGGAGCUGGAAAAUACUAAUGCUUUACUGAGAGAGCAAAUUGAGGAGAACAAGUUGAAAGAAGAGAGAAUAAAAUUGCUAACAGAAGAAACAAAGGCUGAGAAGGUACAAGUGGAGCAGGAAAGUGGUGAUUUAGGAGACACAUCGUCUUCUGAUCCUACUCUGACCUGCGAUGCCUCGGUGAGCACUGAUUCAGCACCAGAGCUGCUCUCCAAAGGAGUUUCCACUGACAGGGAGCCACUGUUGUCUGACACAUUGGCUAUCACCGUUGAACAACAGAAAAAUCUGAUAAGUACAACCACUCAGACUGAUUUCACAGAAGCUCAGGUCUCCGCUGACACUUUCAGAGUUCAGAAACAUGAGGAAGCGGAACUCACCGUGCAUUUCCAAGUAGUAGAGAACACUCCUCAGGAAGAACCUUGCAGUAACGUUCAGAUGCAGCCUGAGACAGCAGUGGAGGCAGAAAGCUCACAGCCUGCUGCCUCAGAUAGCGCUGAGGAAGCAAGCUCCUCGCCCAAAACUACCCAACCCUGCCAGAGCAGCCAAGAGCCGGAGCCCAGUCCCCCAGGGCCGAGCGAGUCCCCGGCCCCAAACGCAGCCAUCGGCCAGUACGUGAACAGAAUCCAGGGUCUCCUGAAUGAGCAGUGGGCAGGCUUGGGCAGUGGGCACCCUGAGAUUGCCACCACCCUAAACAAACCUGCCUCCAAGUUCAGCUCCAUUCAGACGCAACUGGUCAGCUCACUCAGUGCUCUGUCUGCCUUCUACUCUUCACCAGGACAGAAGGGAGGGUCCAAUCGACAAGCAGCACUCAAAUCCAUAAUGAAGAAAAAUGACGACAAGCCAGGAAACGGGGGAGCCAAGAAGAACCUCAAGUUUGUUGGCGUAAACGGAGGCUAUGAGACAACGUCCAGCGAGGAGUCCAGCGAGGAGGAUAAUGCUGAGGACAGCUCAGAGCCUGAGGAGAAGGAGGAGAAGGAGGAGAAGGAGGGGGAGAAGGAAGAGAAGGAAGGAGACAUGGCCGUGCCCGAGGUCGCGACAGCAGAGGAGCCCGCGUGCGAGGGGGCCCAGGCAGCGGGGCCGGACUGUGACACUGUGGCCCCGGAAGCCAGCAGCGGCCUCCAGGAGGAGCAGCCAGGCGGGGAAACAGUAGAUGAAGGCUUCAUGACGGCUUGCCAUUUCAUUAAAGAUCGGCAGGCAGAGAUUGAAGCUCCUGACAAAGAGAUGAAGGAUGCCCUGAUGGUGUUGUACCAGGAGUGGUUCCGUGUCUCCAGCCAGAAGGACUCUGUGGUGGACACGGUGACCCUGUACCUGAAGGAGGUGGGAGCUGCUACGCCCACACUCCUCCGCUUCCUCGUCAACCUGGCCGACGGCAACGGAAACACCGCGCUGCACUACAGCGUGUCCCACUCCAACUUCCCCAUCGUCAAACUGCUCCUGGACACUGGCCUGUGCGAAGUGGACAUCCAGAACAAGGCUGGCUACACGGCCAUCAUGCUGGCCUCUCUGACCACAGCCGAAGGCCCAGAGGACAUGGAGGUGGCACUGCAGCUGCUGAGUCAGGGGAAUGUAAAUGCCCGGGCCAGUCAGGCUGGACAGACGGCCCUCAUGCUGGCGGUGAGUCACGGGCGCGUGGCGAUGGUGCGGCUCCUGCUGGGCUGCGGGGCUGAGGUGAACACGCAGGACCAGGACGGCUCCACCGCGCUGAUGUGUGCCUGCGAGCACGGACACGCCGAGAUCGCUCGCCUGCUCCUGGAGCGGCCCGAGUGUGACCUCAGCCUCACAGACAGGGAAGGCCACAGUGCCCUGGAGGUGGCCAUGCAGGCUUCUCAGUCGGAGCUGGUCGAGCUCCUGAAGGCCCACACGAGCGAGGAGGCCUCCCACACCCCCAGCCUCCUCUGAGCCAACAGCCCCUCUCUGUUCCCCUGGACAACAAAGGCUCCAUUGACCACAUCACAUCACAAUGUUCGGCUGGGAUCUGAAGCAGCCAUCGUAAUCUCGAUUAAAAAAGGAGGGGGGGGGACACACAAAUAUUUCAAAUAUCAGCGGACAUUCUGUGUGCAUAUUUAGCAUGCAGGUGACGUCCAAUAAGAAGAGUACUCGUCUACCAAUCAGAUGCAGGAGGGGGAGAGUGGGUGAUCGUCCCACUUGAGUGAGACAAGGCACGUUGAAAUGGUCCCAGCUUUCCAAGUUUAGUUUGAAAUAUUCCCAAGCACUUCUACAGUACCUCCUACGCUCUGAUACAAUCAUAAUCAGUUUGCUUCUCUUUCUUACCACUGUCUUCAUUAAGUUUACAUUAUUAUGUGCAUACAAUCUGGAGGUGCAUAUUAGACAUGGUAUGUAUUUGUUUUUUCUUUAUAACUGCACUUUGUUAUACUCAGUUUCUCUUUGCCUAUAUCAGUCCCUUGCGUAUCCUCCAUGACUGUGACCUGAGAGUAGGACACUCCUAACCCUGCAGAUGGCUGAGGAGGCUUGAAGGCACAGCUCACAUUCAAGGGUGAAAUAUUGUCAAAUAUAUUGUUGCAGUGUUGAAUGAAAUAAGCUUAAAUGCCAGUAUUCAACUGUUGGCAGUGUAUCUCUCUUCAGACACCUGUCUCGCUGUACAAAAACUGACUCUCUGGUCCAGCAGAACUAACUUUCAAAACUAUCCAUGUUGGAUAGACUGGUGAUUCCUGGCCAUGGAGGAGGAGAAAUUCAGAUGUUUACAGUUUACUUCUCUGUUGCCUGUUAUCUGUUGCCUUGACUGCAUUUCAAGUGAUACAGUAUACAGUAUGCACAUGGCUUCCUGCCUCUCUCCUCUCUGAUAUAUUAUCUGUAUCUGUCUGCUUGUGCUUCCUAGCCAUAUUAUGUGACACGUUGCUAGGAAUGCACAAUGAAUGUUAGCUAGAUGCUAAUUGACAUUCCGUUAUUCCAUUACAGAUGCCUUCAUUUUAGCAGUGUGGGAUAUUUAAAGAAUGGACAUGUCUUUCAGACCACAGUGGACAGCAGUCAUUGGUCUGGGAUGAGAGAUGUGAGAGGAAGUAAAGUAAGCAGGUAUGAUGGGGAGAGAACGAAAAAGGGUCUCCAUUCCCUGGUCUAAAUUCCAGCUAUACCAGCUUGACUAGCUUGAAAAUUGAGCUGGUCAAGCUGGUCAUAAGCUGGUCUAGCUUGGUAUGAGCUGGUCAAGCAGCUAGUCUUUGUAGCUUGUCUAUGCGGUUUCAAAAUAUAACAGAGUAGACAACCAGCUACCAGCUGUUUCAAAACAUAGCUUGAGCUGUUAUCAGCAGGGUUGUAAUGGCUAUCUGAGCCAAUACUAUGUGAACAGUGCAACAGUGACAGGUCUUUGUCAGCCUGACACUCAGUCUGUCUGGCUGUGGACAGAUCUGUAAUGACCAAAAUAAGGUGAGAGGAGAAGAAAGAGGGAUACUCCAUGUUCCCUCUUCCGCAGAGCUUCCAGAGAAAACCCACCAGGUGACAUACAAUACUACGGCACGUUUACCCUGAUCUGGGACUUUAUUCCAAGAAGCAAUCCACUUUGUGCUGGUACAUGCAAAUAUGGCGACUCCAUACGAAGCCCAUUAUUCAAGUCUGUGUGGGUUGGAGAUGAGAGCAGGUUUGUUGCCAUUCCUACUUGUGUGAAUCUGGGUCUAAGAGGAAGAACCAUACACCUUGUGCAUAUUGAAAAAUGUUUUACAAUCAUAUAUAAUUUGCUUUUGACUAGUUUUAAAAAUAUAUUUAUUUAAUAUUAUAUAUUUUUUCAAUAUAACAUAAAUAUAUUUAAGAUUUAUGCUGUAGGGCAAUAUUUCAACUAUUUGUUGGAAUUAUACAUGCUUAGUGGAUGGUUCUUCGCAGCAAGUUUGAGUUUAACCGGCGUGCUUGGAAAAGUGUUGCUCUUUUUAUACAGAUAGCCCUAUCUAGCCUGAAAUGGACAUUUGUGCAAAAGCAUUGCAAACCACUCUCAAGAUUACACAAAGCUAAUGAAUCCUUGUAAUUUUUGAGAUGAGUUGUCUUCCUUGUGGACGAUCCAGGAGUGUUUCUUGCAGUCUGUGUCGGGGUUCUCUUCUGAGUCUCUGACUGGACUGAAUUGCAAAGAAUCUGUAUAAAUACAAUAUCACGACUUUCUACCUGAACUGAGCUGUUCAAACAUGAUCUCUGUCCUAAAUGAUGUAUUUGUCUGCUAAAUAUUACAUUUAUAUUAUCAAAUGGAGUUAUGAGAUUUUAAUUGUUUGAAAAAAAUAAACAGUUAACUUUG